AUGGAAACUUCUGAAUCUGAAGAGAAAUGUGAAGUCUGUUCUCAACCAGGACAUGGUGUUCAUUUCGGAGUGUUCGCGUGCAGGGCAUGUGCCGCAUUCUUUCGAAGAAGUCACUUUUCACGAGAACAUAAACCAUGUCGUAAUUUACAAAACAAAUGUUCACCAAAUCAGUAUGGAAAAUGGCUUUGUAAGAAAUGUAGACUAGGAAAGUGUUUGGAGAUAGGGAUGAGCACGGAAAAUAUACAAUACGAUCGUGAUUCUUUCAACUCAUCUGAAACGUUUGCAAUGAAGAAAGCACUCGAAAAGGGUAUUUCGUAUAGCGUUGAAGUUCCGACGACCGUGGAAAGACUAUUUGGAGUGUCUCAUCUCAUUAUUUUCCUCAAUUCCUCUGGAAACAACAAAAGUCUUCCAUAUAUUGAUACAUCUCAACUUGUUGCAAAAGCCAUCGACAUUGUUCUUACUCCGAAUCUAGUCAGAAAAACUAAAGCUUUGAGUAAUUUGGAACAACUAACUCAGGGAAUAGAAGACUCCCGAUUCUCACAAAGAGGGAGAUUAUCUCUGAAAGAAUUCAUUUCACAAGAUGAUCACAAGAAUGAAUUUGAAAGAAGUAUGUGUCAAACAGCCAAAUGGCUUAGUUGUUCUGAUCAGAUAAGACAGUUUGAUGAUAAAACAAAGAUUUCUAUAUUACAAUCGAUUUGGUUCAUCUGGGGAAGGCUGGAAAGGAUGGCUACAACCGCAAGAUUGAGAAUGAAGAAUCUAUGUGGAAAGACACAAUUCGUAAUUUCUCCUGGAGCUGUCAUAGACUAUGAUGAAAUGAAAUCGGAUAUCAGUCAUGUUUCAAUUCAUAACUUUGAAGAGAUGAAGUUGUAA